AUGUCUAACAGUACCGACACUUCAAGCAACCCUGAUUACGAAGGCGAAACCCCUGUCGCUCCAUUCGAAAUCGACGCCAAUGCCGUCACUACAAGCUCUCUCACAGCGCUUCAGUCUGCGGACCAGCGCAAGGUGAUGGACAUUGUAGACAAGCUACGGCGUACCGGUCUCAGUGGAAUUGUCGAGCUACCGCAGCUCAUUGUUUGCGGUGAUCAGUCCUCAGGCAAGAGCUCUGUACUUGAAGCCAUCACCGAAAUUCCCUUCCCUCGUAAGGAGAAUCUCUGCACACGUUUCGCCACAGAAAUUAUUUUGCGCCGCACACCUGCAUCUACUAUCGCGAUCACGAUAACACCUGACAAGCUCCGCCCUAAGCAAGAGCAAGUUACGCUCAAGGCUUUCAACAAGUCGAUUGAUGACUUCGACCAACUUCCAGACAUCAUCGACGAAGCUACACUAGCCAUGGGGCUUGGUCCCGCCGGCGGACCCAUUUCAAGAGCUUUUUCUCGUGACGUGCUCUCUGUAGAAAUUUCCGGUCCAGAUCGCCCUCAGCUUACCCUUGUCGAUCUCCCUGGUCUUAUUCAUGCCACCAACAAAGCUCAAACCGAAGCCGACAAAGAGCUUAUCCUCGACCUCGUCAAGGAGUACAUGUCCAACCCUCGUACUAUCAUUCUCGCGGUUAUUAGUGCAAAGAAUGACUUUGCCAACCAGGUCAUUCUUGACCAUUGUCGUAGGAUCGACGAAAACGGUCGCCGCACUCUAGGCAUCAUCACCAAGCCCGACUACCUCCGCAGAGGUUCAGAGAACGAGCAGUCCUGGAUCGAUCUUGCCCAAAAUAAGGACAUCUUCCUUGAGCGGGGUUGGCACAUGCUGAGGAACCGUGACGAAACUCAAAUGAGCUUCUCCUUCGAGCAGCGAAACGAGGCUGAGAAGUCGUUCUUCUGCAAAGGCCGUUACAUCGACCUGCCAGACGAAAAUGUCGGUAUCGAUUCGCUGCGCAAGCGUCUGAGCAAACUUUUGUACGACCAUCUGCUCAAGGAGCUACCAACACUCAAGGAUGAGAUGUUUGAGAAGCUUCAAGCCACAGUCAACGACAUCGAGAAGCUCGGUGAGAAGCGCAACACAAUCAAGGAGCAGCAAAUGGCUCUUACAAAGAUCAGCAUGCGGGUCAAUCACAUCAUCAAGUCUGCUACAAGAGGCUACUACGAAGAUCCAUUCUUUGGCUCGAUCAACAAAGAAGCUGCAGUAGAUGCUUCUGAGAACAUUCAUCGUCUUCGUGCCGUCAUUCAACAUCUCAACACCAUUUUCGCGACUGACAUGCGCCUGAGGGGUCACAAGUACGCCUUUGGUGCUGGACCAGGUGAUUCUGAACAAGAUGUAGAUGACGAAACAAAGGCUAUGAAUGAGCUCAAGAAACUUGAGCUUAACGAAGCCGUAUCCUUUCUCCCGAAACCCAAGAAGCUCACUCGUGACGCAGCUGUCGAUUGGGUCAAGAAAACCUUGGAGCGCACUCGAGGCUACGAGCUGCCCGGCACCUUCCAGCCCAUGCUGAUCUCAGGACUCUUUUGGGAGCAGUCCUCUCCGUGGGAAGAGAUCGCUUUGGAUCACAUCAACAAGGUCGCAAAUACGUGUAAGGAGUUCGUCAGCCUUGUCCUUCAACACACUGCUCCCCCAGAUUUUCAACCUAAGAUUGCCGCUGUGAACGUUGACUCCGCUCUUGCGAAGUGCUUGAAGGAUGCGAAAGAGGAGUUAGUCAAGGUCCUAAAAGACAAAGCGCGUCAUCCUAGCACAUACAACCACUACUUCACGACCACACUUCAGAAGAUGCGCCAACGCAAGUACCAGGAGCUCGUUGAAAAGGCAGCUGAGAACUCAGAAGUCUAUGACAACCGCCAUUGUAAGACUUACAACGACCCAACGAAGUUCCAGGAGGCUAUCAACAAGGCUAUAGAGCAGAACAUGGAUACGUUCUCCAGCCAGGAAGCCCUGGACACCCAGCGUGCAUACUACAAGGACGAGAUCAAAUACUUCAUCAACACCGUUGCUAAAGCCGUCAUCGAGCGUCACUUGGUCGAGCCGCUUCCGGACAUCAUCCUCUCACCUGUGCAUGUCACCGACAUGAGCGAUGAAGAGAUCCGGUACAUCGCUGCCGAGCCGAUCGAAAUUACGCAGCAGCGCGAGUACCUUGAGAACAGGAAGGCGAUGCUGGAGAAAGGUCUUGAUACUUUCCGUGAGGCUAUGGGUGGGCUCAAGCGAUAG